AUGGGCGGUAAAGUCGAGAAUGUUGGAAUUCUUGCUAUGGAGAUAUAUUUUCCUUCACAAUAUGUUGAUCAAGUGGAAUUGGAGAAAUUCGAUGGAGUAGCUGCUGGAAAAUACACCAUUGGUCUUGGACAGAGUAAGAUGGGUUUCUGCUCUGAUAGAGAAGACAUAAAUUCGCUCUGCUUGACUGCUUUACAUAGACUGAUCGAGAAAAAUAAUUUAAAUCUUCAUGAUAUUGGACGUUUAGAAGUUGGUACAGAGACUAUUAUAGAUAAAAGUAAAAGUGUUAAAACAUUUCUUAUGACAUUAUUUGCAAAAGAAGGUGCUACAGAUAUAGAAGGAAUUGAUUCCACUAAUGCUUGCUAUGGAGGUACAGCUGCACUUUUUAAUGCUAUCAAUUGGGUAGAAUCUUCAUCCUGGGACGGCAGGAAAGCAAUUGUAGUAGCUGGUGAUAUAGCAGUGUAUGGCAAGGGUCCAGCAAGACCCACUGGAGGAGCUGGUGCCGUAGCAAUGCUCAUUGGACCUGAUGCUCCAUUAGUUUUUGAUUGUGGUGUCCGUGCAUCAUACAUGACCCAUGCUUAUGAUUUUUACAAGCCUGAUUUAGCAUCUGAAUUUCCCUAUGUUGAUGGUAAAUUAUCAAUUCAAUGCUAUCUUAGUGCUUUGGAUAACUGCUACAAUUUAUUCUGUCAAAAGAUGAGAAAAGUUGAUCCAAGUUUUAAGGGUUUGUUAAGUUUAGAUGGAAUGUUAUUCCACUCUCCGUACUGCAAACUUGUUCAAAAGUCUCUAGCUCGGGUGUGCUUUAAUGAUUUUCUCAACGCAACUGAAGAAGAAAGAGAAAAACAGUUUCCAGGGCUCUCACAAUUCAGUACAUACAAAAGACCAGAUACUUACUUCGAUCGAGAUGUAGAAAAAGCCUUCAUGACUUACAGCAACAAGCUUUUUGAAGAAAAAACGAAGCCAUCACUUCACUUAGCUCGUAAUGUUGGAAAUAUGUAUACACCUUCAUUGUACGGAGGACUUGUAUCUUAUUUAGUUAGUAAAUCCCCCGAUCAACUCAUUGGAAAGAAAUUUGCAUUAUUCUCCUAUGGUUCAGGCUUAGCUUCCACUAUGUAUUCGAUUAAUAUAUGCAAUGAUAUGAGCAUUGGUUCAAAGUUAGAGACAUUAAUUAAUUCUUUGAAUGAAAAUAUAGCAAUGUUGGAGAAAAGACAAAGUGUAGAACCACAAAUAUUCUCUGAUAUAAUGCAAGUAAGGACGGAGAAUUAUCACUCUGCACCCUAUGAACCGUCUGGGUCAAUAGAUGUCUUAUUUCCCGGUACAUAUUAUCUAAACAAAAUUGAUGACCAAAGAAGACGCACAUAUGAUAGGAAACUAUAAGGCAUUUAUUUAUUUAAUAUAUUUUAUUAUUGUGCUGGUUUAGAACAUUGUCAAUGUUAAUUAUAUUAUUUAUCCAUAGUUUUAUUAGUUUAGUUAUUUGUAAUUUUCGUUCUUAUAAUUCUAGGAAUGUUAAUUUAAAUAUUUCAUUGUUUUGACUGGGUUAAAUUAUAUAUUAUUUGGUAGCAAUGAUGUAUUAAAUUAAU